UUGUUGAAUGAGUAGCAGAACGCUACAGCUUCCCAUCGCACUUGGUCGUAUCCACUCCAACGGUUAACCGGGAACCGGGUGUAUAAUCACAGUACGGUCCCGUCCCGAGUUCAUUCCGAGAGUGUAUGCCGAGGAAGUGGACGCGAAAGUCGAACGAACGAACGAACGAUCCGUGUAUUCCGAAAAGGCAAAGGCGAGCGCAAACGCAAACGCGACUUUUCGUUAGCGCAGCGAUAUUACGACGAUAAUUGGAAAUUGAUUGUACGACACGCUGAAGUGUCGCGCGACUAUCGAAAUAGUUAAUAAGAAUGGAGAUGGUUUCUAGAUUUAUCUUAAUAUUCAUAUUAAAUAUAUCGUGUACAAUGGCAGCGCCAUUAGUAGAAGCAAAAGACAUUUGGAGUCGAAAUAUCUUUGCAUCUGUAAUAAAGACAGCGUGUUCCUCCGAUGGGAAAUGCUGGGGAUGGAUACCGAAAUCAGAAACGUACGAUGGCAUCGUCAUUGUACCCGAACAAGUAGACAGCGAUGCCUCGAGAUUGCAAUCUCGGCGUCAAAUCGCAAACCCGGUAUCCGAAUUAGUGUUAAAAUCGUGGAAAGAUAGCAUGUCGGAAGCAGGACGGGAAAUUCGAGCACCAAUUAACAAACAGACUAAAAUCACGAAGAAGGAUGUAUUUAUGUCCCGUGGUUGGGGCGCCGGUGGCAUGCCGUUUUCCGUUCUGUACAUGAAUCCGCGAUCGAAUCACGCAGUUACAGCCACGUCGACAUCUCAACGACAAGAAUCCGGCAUGACGACCGAAACAUCAUUCGUAGAACAUCCUAAUUCACGUAUCGCUCCACGAAAUGGACAAUCUACUGCACAACCGAGAAGACAAUAUUGGACCAUACCACAACUUUUCAUAUCGUAUGGUUGGGGCCCAUUUGGGAAAUAAAAACGAAUAACGAUGACAUAUUCGAUAUCGAAGUAUCAUCUUGACGAAAGAGAGAGAAGAGAAAAAAGAGAUAGAACGAAAAAGGAGACAGAUAG